AUGUGUAACAUGACGGUACGUAAGGACUUUUUGAUAAAAUGCCGUAAAACGGGAGUUUUCCCGUCACACAUAGUGAACUCAUUGAAGUGUAUCCACCCGUUGCUCGAAGAACGGAGCCCAUAUACGCAUAAGCUUCAACGAAUAAUCGAUCGUUUCAAGAAAGCAAUUCUAAACAUCGAAAUCCAACAUACAUUCUACAAAAUAAAGUGCUUAAAACAGGAGUUACAGCAAAUACAGAUACAGCUUACUAUCUUCACUACCAACGACAUUGCAACACGAUUUAUUACCACACAGAACCAAUCUUUCGAUAAUCGACAGGAGUUACAGAAACGGAGGACAAAUAAAAAGCUCGCAAAGUUAUUAGAAAAAACAGCACCACUGGACAACAGCACACCAAAAUACCAAGAUAAAACCAUACUAAACGCCACUACCGUAACAGUUCCAUCGGACACUCUGACACUGCUCAGCCUUGGACCAAAAUUUUCCCUACCAGUUACCAGUCUCAACCAUGUUCCAUUCUAUCACAUGCUAGCCGACGUUGAAGCCAUCCUACGUGUUUCGCCAGACCAAACCACACAAGAUCGCAACAGAUGCCAGAUAGCAACGCAAAUCCAGAACUAUAUCUCCAAUUCCAAACAUAAUACACACAAAACCCCGCUUCAUAAUUUCUGCAAACAUGCAGCGACGACCACCGCAAAAUUUCUCGCAGACCACCAAGACAUCUACAUACUUGAAGCUGACAAAGGCAACAGAACCGUCAUAAUGUACAAACAUGAAUACGACCGCAAAAUGACCUUGUUGCUAAACGAACCUAAUUAUCGAGUUGUUUCCAAAGAUCCAACACCAUCCGUCCAAAGACAGACCAACUCGCUCAUCACCAGACUACUCAAUCUGAAGCUAAUCAACUCUCAAACAUCCAUCCGGCUAAAAUCAACCACUUCCGUAUGCCCUCGUAUAUAUGGACAACCCAAAGCGCACAAACCCAAUCUACCACUACGCCCAGUUGUCCCAAACAUCACAGCACCAACGUACAAAUUAUCCAAAUAUAUAGCCAACAUACUUAAAAGAUCACAGCAAAGCGAGUACAAUAUAUCGGACAGUUUCCAAUUCACCGAGUACAUAAACCAGAUCACUCUCCCGCCUGACUACGUCCUAGUAUCGUUCGAUGUCGUGUCGCUGUUUACAAACAUUCCUAUCGAACUUGCCACCCACGACAUAAUCAUGGAUUGGUGUAACAUCAAAAAGUACACUGAUAUAAACUUAGACUUGUUUCUCGAACUAGUGGAAUUUUGCACCAAAAACAGUUACUUUCGAUUUCGAGACAAACACUACGUGCAAACAUUCGGUACCGCUAUGGGCAGCCCCCUAUCUCCCAUUUUAGCCGAUAUCGUGAUGGAGAACUUACUGCAAACCUCCACUAAACUACUGCCGUUUGCUAUACCCGUCAUUCGUAAAUACGUGGAUGAUUUAUUUUUGGCUCUCCCGAAAGACAAAAUAGCACUUACGCUCGAUACAUUUAACGCAUACAAUUCAAACCUACAAUUCACAAAAGAAGAGGAAUCCGACAAUAAACUACCGUUCCUAGAUACACUUGUAAUUCGCAAUUCGGACCAAACUUUAUCCACUCAAUGGUACGCAAAACCGAUAGCAUCAGGCAGGCUACUAAAUUACCAUUCAUUCCACCCACUUUCCAUGAAGAUGAACGUAGCCAAAAACUUUAUCGAAAGAGUAACUCGACUCACUACGGAUAAUACCACCAACAUACAGCAUACAAUUUUCCAGCAUCUCCGCCGUAAUAAUUACCCCGCCACACUCAUAAACAGGCUCAUACAACGGUCUAAAAACACCACGCACGAAGAUGCCUCCAACAUUGCACCAUUAACCAUAAGAAACCACAGUCAAAGCAUAUCAACAUGCAAUCACAGUCCAACAGACCCACCGAACGAACAGAUAUAUAGAUCCCUGCCGCACGUGCCAACACUCAGUACAUCCAUAGCGAAAAUGCUCAAACCAGACUAUCCCAAUGUAAAAAUAGCUACAAAGCCUAUCAACACAGUAUCAAAACUACUGCCAAACACAAAAGACUCGGUUGACCCAUUGCUGCAGUCUAAUAUCAUUUACAGCCUGUCAUGCGAUAAUUGCACAAUGAGUUAUUUGGGCAUGACACGCAACCAGCUUAGAACCAGGCUAUAUGGCCAUAAAAGCAAUAUUAACCAGUACCACAAACUGAUAGCUGAUGGUACGACCAACAGCAACGAACAGCUGAUCAGUCUCGGAGAGAAGACUGCCCUCAUCGAACACAUGAUACAACACAACCAUACCUUCGAUCUUACCAAAGCCAAAAUUAUUGACAGAACCUAUCGACCGACGGCUCUCCCGAUACUAGAAAUGUGCCACAUCACGAACACACUCAACACCGUAAAUCAUCGCACCGAUGUGGACGGGCUCAACACAACUUACGCAGGCAUUCUACAUACACUCAGAACUACCAAUACUCGCCGCAAUAAAGCUUCCGAACCAGACACAAGUAAUAGAACACUUUUGGCCCAUGAUAGAUAG